CCUGUACAAAUACUGACCCAGCAAUGAGCUCUGCGCUUCAGCCUUUGGUGCCUGUUCAAUUCAAAACAAGCUUAGCUGCCCUUUUUUUUUUUUCUUCCCUUGGAUAGAAACUGGUGGGGGUGGGGAGAGAAAGAGGGAACUGGGAAGAGGAGGGGGAAGUUAAACCUUGCUUCCCUCCCUGUCUUUCGGAAAAACCAAACAUGGCAUCUUGCAUGAGGAGCUUGUUUUCUGACCACGGCAGAUAUGUUGAAUCUUUCCGGAGGUUUCUCAGCAAUUCCACGGAGCACCAGUGCAUGCAGGAAUUCAUGGACAAGAAGCUGCCAGGCAUAAUAGCAAGGAUUGGAGAUGCAAAGCGAGAAAUUAAAAUUCUAAGCAUAGGUGGAGGUGCAGGUGAAAUUGAUCUUCAAAUUCUCUCCAAAGUACAGGCUCAAUACCCAGGAGUUCGUAUCAACAAUGAAGUUGUUGAGCCAAGUGCUGAACAAAUUGUCAAGUACAAAGAGCUUGUAGCCAAGACAUCAAACCUCGAGAACAUAAAGUUUGCUUGGCAUAAGGAGACAUCAUCGGAAUAUCAAAAUAGAAUGAUGGAGGAAAAAGUGCUUCAAAAGUGGGACUUUAUUCAUAUGAUUCAGAUGCUGUAUUAUGUAAAAGACAUCCCAGCUACCUUGAAAUUCUUCCAUAGUCUCUUAGGUACCAAUGCUAAGAUUCUUAUUACUCUUGUGUCAGGGGCCAGUGGCUGGGACAAGCUGUGGAAAAAGUACGGAUCCCGCCUACCCCGGGACGACCUCUGCCAGUACAUCACAUCGUCCGACCUCACUCAGAUGCUGGACAACCUGGGGUUGAAGUAUGAGUGUUAUGACCUUCUGUCCACCAUGGACAUAUCUGACUGCUUUAUUGCUGGUAAUGAAAAUGGAGAGCUGCUUUGGGACUUUUUGACUGAAACCUGCAACUUUAACACGACAGCACCACCUGAUCUCAAAGCGGAAAUUCUGAAAGAUCUACAAGAACCUGAAUUUAGUGUUAAGAAAGAGGGGAAGGUUCUUUUUAAUAACACUCUGAGUUUCAUAGUGGUGGAGGCAUAACUAUCAAUCAUUUAAGACUGUCUUCAAAAAUUAAAUUUUGAACACUGUUCAUCAUUCAUUUCCAUAUUAAAAUUACAAAAACAUUUCAAUUCAGAUAAAGCAUUGUUUCUUAUUUACGAAAUCUAGAAAAUUCCAAGACAUUCUGGACUUACAUGUAGAAUCAUAUGGGAAUAUGGGAUACUGCUAGUCUUAUGUUGUCUGUCCUCUAAGUAGAGAGACCACAUAUAGGCUAAACACCACAUAAGCUGG